UGAACCAUGGCACCCUCGGCAGUCUUCACACGAGGGAAAUCAUCUCUUCCUUCACCCCUUGGUCUCGCUCAGUGACAUCCAUCGGUUUGCUAUCCUUCUCUCGUCUUGCUCUGGGACGUGUGCAGCGCCCUCAGGCAAGGGCCACCGACUGCCUCUUCACAGCAGGCGAUCGGUGCACAUUGCUAGAGCGCGCUGCAUUACAUCCCAGUUCUAAGAUGAGUGGGAACACGGGCAAGCAGUCGAAAGCACUCAGACAUGUCCAUGAGUGCCGUGUCAACGAGCCGUGUGGCGGGUUCCGUUCAGUCUGUCCAUGAGACCACUGUCAACCAGGCUGUAGCUGUCCAACUUUCCACGGGUGACGGCUCCAACCUGGCAGGCAGUCGCGAAACGGACAGACCGAGCUCAUACCACACCAAUCCAGCCCCGAUACUCGGCAGCUGAUACAUCGUCAGGCGCGCAGUGGUUCAUUCGCUCCAUCCAUCCAUCCAUCCAUUCAUCCAACCAGCAGCAGCAGCAGCAAAAGCACCCCUCCCUCCCUCGGUCCCUCUUUCGUGUACCUCUCUGAUGCUGCUGGGCCAGCCAAUGGAAAACACCCAUGUUUGCACACACAGAAAAACUGGCCGCUGAAGGGGGGAGGGUCAUGCAGCUCUUAGCUCUAGGAUCCUCCUAGCCCCGCCCACUCACUCACUCACGCCUUUUGUCUGGUGACGUGAGUGUACCAUGGCUCGUCGUGCGGCAUGACCCCCAGGUUUAUCGCCAUGAUCUCCUCCUCUGUCAGCGGCUUGGACUUGUAAUUGCUCGGCAAAUCGCUCCAGUCACUAUACCUGAUCCAGUUGACACGCACACGCACACACCACAGAACGGCCGGUUUCCGUUGUGUCCUCUACCUUCUGUGUGUUCCUUCCUUGCUCACCUUUCCACAUCGAUCCCCGGCUUGCUGCCCCUCGUCGAUGCCGCUGCUGACGAUGCCCCGCUGGCCGCCUCCCUCGGUGAGGGGGCCGGUGUGGGCCUCCCCUCUCCCCUCAUCCCACCGGCCUUGCGGUCAGGGAACCGAAUCAGCGGCGUAUAGCGCCGUGCUGCAUUAUGUGUCGUUUGCUCGGGGGUGCUGCUGGUGUUGGUGUUGUGUCGCGGUGGUGCUUGUUGUGCGGAUGUAGAGGAUGAGGCGGGUGGUUGUGCCUUGUCUGCUGGUUGGUCGGCGAGUUGGUCGGCGAAGGAUGUGUCGAUAGUGCACAGAUCACCGCCGAUGUACACGGUGCCGCCUGCAUGCACCACAAACAAGGCCACGAAAGAGAUGAUAUGUGUGCUGGCAAAACGGAUAUUAGAGAGCGUGCGGCCAUGUGUGUGGCGCUCUCUCUCUCUCUCUCUGUGUGUGUGUGUGUGUGGUCCAACUAACUCACCGACUUCGGCCGCGUGGCCGGUGAUCUUGCCCGAGGCCUCGGCGUGAAUGUCAACAGACACCUGCACACACACACACAUAUGAAUAGUGAAGGCACGCAAUGCACACGACACCACCGCAUGAGUCUGCCCUUCCGUAAUUACCUUGUCGGUGUCGAUGACGCAGAUAACUUCAUCCUCCUUGACCAGAGUGCCCACGUCCUUCUUCCACUCGGCCACCGUGCCCUCGGUGAUGGAGUCACCCAUAUUCGGCACCUGACAAACAACACACACACACAGACAGAGAACACAGACACAGACACAACCAAACGACACCAAUCACAUCCAUCUCUCCUUGCCCCACCCGACAGCCCAGUCCAUAGGCUCGUGCUGGCUCACCUUCAUCAGCACAGAUGACUCGGCGGCCUCACUGAAAUGCCGGCAAAACACCCGCUGCCCACUCGCCACCUCUGACGCCGCCCUCUGGAGAGCUCCUGAGUGAGGUGUGUGUGUCCGUCUCGUCAGCAGGGCGGUGCUGAGGCGCAGCAUGCUCGAUGACACGGGCCACUUUGUGCACACGAGGGCGCCAGAAAGUCGACGGAAGGCCAGCAUGAGCCCAACACGCCGUUUGUUGGUCUUUGACAGAUGCGGCACUCAACAGGGGGCGCUCCCAACAGCUGUCUGUUCGCU